UAUGCGGAUGGACGCCUAUUGAAUAUGCCGGUCACGCGCCGGGCGUAUGCCUUAUAAGUCUAGUUGACGUGAAACGCCGUCCAACUGAACAGAGAUUUGCGUUAAUAGGGGCUCAAGAAGUGGGACAUCCAGUGGACAGAGGGUGCGAGCGAUGGCAGAGGACGGGUAUGUCGUGCGGAUCAGAGGUCUUCCGUGGCAGUCGACCCGCGAGGAGAUCGUCUCCUUCUUCGACGGCUGUAAUGUCCGCAAUGGUGUCAAUGGUAUUGUCAUGACUCUGUCCCGUGAGGGCAGGCCUUCCGGUGAGGCCUACAUCGAGUUGGACUCCGAGGAUGACUACAAUGUGGCGCUCAAUAUGAACCACAAGAACAUGGGAUCCAGGUAUAUCGAGGUGUUUGCGUCGAAAAGGAGUGAAAUGGAGUGGAUUUCCCGAAAACACGGCACAGACUUGGAUGAGACACCACCUCACGAGGACUCGUUUGUGCGACUCCGAGGUCUGCCGUUCAGCGCCAAUAAGGAUGACAUCCUUCAGUUCUUCUCAGGUUUGCCACCAAAUGCUGUCUAA